AUGAGCCACAAAAAAGAAGGGAGAGUGCGCACUCGCCGUUGCGCAUCGACGAGAUUUCUAGGGUUUGUGAGCUGCGCGACUCUCGCCCCGCGAGUGUGAGGCAUUAGGUCGCGGCCGCGGCGGCGACAAAGAUCUGAGCGCCUGCGUUCUUCCGCAUUGAAUCCUCUCUCUUUCUCGCUCUCUCGCUCUCGUUCUCGCUGGAAUCCCUCUCUUCGCUCGCGCGUCCGGCUCUAGAAACACGGCGCUGUGCGUGUGAGGUGGGGCGGCAGUGGAAAUCCCAAUCUUCCCCCAAUCUCUUCCAAUCUUGUGUAGGAGAGGGAAGGGGGAGGCAUCUUUUUCGUGGUUAGGCAGAUGGUGUUGACUUGGCCAGCGGCGCUCUUUUUCCGGGGCGCGCCGCGAGGAGAUGCAUGCUCGAGAUGGAGAUUGAUUGUGCUCUCAAUCUUCGCGGCGGGGUAAAUCGAGAGCCUCGCGGCAUGCAGGAGCUCGCGGCUUAGGCUCUAGGCCGGGCGAGCGAGCGAGAUUUGGCUCCUAUUGGUGAGGAAAAGCGGUGGAUGGAAUACGCAGAGUCGUCCAAAGGGAUGCUGGAGAAGAUGAUGACCAACGAAACGCUAGCCAAGAUGACAAGAAGUUCCCAUUUCAAUCCCAAAGCCGGGGGAGUUUCCACUUCCAACGGGUUUCGCAGCCCCAUGCUACCCCCUCAUCUCAACGGGAAGACAAUUUCGGGGAUUUCGUCUCUUUCGCAGUCAGGCUCCAAGUCCUCCAAUUCGGAGCCGCAACCCAGGAGGAGCGUCAUCACUUUGAAGAACGCGCCUGGCCCCCCUGUAAAUAGCUCUGGGACGGGAGUUCUAAAGACCAAGUCGUGCAUCACAACUGUGGAGCGACUUGGGUCGGAGUCCAAAGGUGUGGGGGGAGGCCGAGGGGGUCGAAGCCGCAAGAGAUCUAGAGAAGGGGAGGUGCUUGCCGCGGAGCUCUCUAAUCACCAGGAUGACAAAAAAGACGGCUCCAACAAUGGAGCUGCUGAUCAGUCCACGAGUGCCUCUGAAAAUGUCGAGUCAACCAGACGGAGACGGCGUGGGCAAAGCUCAAAAAGACUAGACAAAAAAAAUGGUCACUUACCUCCCGUGGCCGAUUUAUCCCCUUCAAAGCUUAAAGUCUCAUCAAACUCUGCUAGUGCCACUGGCAUUCUUGACAUGUACGGGCUCAAGUCCAAGCAUGUUGAUCUCUCUCGCUUCAUGGUAAAUAUUACUCCACUGGACAUUCUUUUGUCCGAUGACAGCGAGAAAACGCAACCAGCAUCGGCGGACGAUGACGGCGGCGAUGGCGAAUCCGGACUUGUAUUAAAGGAAAUAAACAAUGUCAUGCAGCUUUUGCCAAAGCAUACGUUUGUUCAGAAGCCUUUUGUAGAAAAUGCUCUGAAUGAAGAUGUGAAGGUAAGGCUGAUGUUGGAUCUCGAGAGGCCAUCUCAAGGCGACGAGAGCCAGCAAUCCGAGGACAGACUACACACGCCGGGAUCCCUGGACAAGACGAAAUCGAAAUCGUUCGAGCUCUUUCCAACCUUCACUCUCGAAGACUUGCCUCUUCACUCAGUUGAAGAUUUUGCGGACAGACUCAAGCUGCCGGCUAGUGAUUCUUUAGACGCGUUGAUAUCGUUCUCGAAGCCGACGGACCAUGCGGGGCCGGGUACAGAGAAAAACUCUAGAUACGAAGGCAUUCCUCCAUCUCCCUUCUCGUUCUCUCCAUGCGGCGUGUCGGAUUACAGUAGAGCAGCAAGGAACGGCAGGACAGGCGAACGGACAUGGCCGAAAAGUGAGAGUGGCUCAAAGACAAAGGUGGAGCCGACGCCGGUGAAAGUCGAGGUGCCGGAGUUGAGAAGCGGAGCUGCAGCGGUCAGGCCCAAGGAAGAACAAGACGAAGAAGGUUCACUUCCUCAGAGGGAUCGAGGAGGCGAGUUUGAGAAGAGCAAGUCGGCUGUGCAUCCAGAGCUUCCUUCGCUCCAACUUAAACGUGACGACGAUGACGCACCUCACAGUCGAAGAACACUCUCGAAUCUACCAGCCAUGCCAUGCUCUCCGGGCGUUCAAGCUGCAACUAUUCUCUGCACGAUGGCCAACUCGGACGACAAGGAGUUCGUCGUCAAAGGCAAGAGGCAGCAAAGCAGCGAGGCUCCACACCACAGGACGUCAAAGCUGGCGAGGAUAGACGAGAAGCCGAGCACGCAGAUCCCCGACGGCCACGGCACUUCCCGGAAAGAGACCGCCAGCCACCACCACCACCCGCCAGUGAAGAAGAGCCCCGUGAGCAGCGAGAAGAAGAGAAGCUUAAGCCAAGUGAACCAUUCCCUCUCGUCAGCAGCGGCGGCGGCGAAGCGGCCCCCGGGUGGUGGUGGCUCGACGCAGGAAACGGCAUCAGCGUCAGCUCGGACGAGCAACCACAAAAACUUGGACGAGCACAGGGAGAGCACCGGACGGCACGGCUCCACGGCUCGAGCGGCGGCGCCGCCAUCGAUCAAGACAAAGGACGGGCACUCGAGCAAAGUGAACGGGUUGACGAGCUCGGCGGCGGCGGCGGCGGCGGCAGGCAAGACGUCGUCUUCAUCGCUGAGAAGAGAAAGUGGCAGUGGCUUGGCGACAGUUUCUCGGUCACGCUGCUUUGUUCCGAGCGAGCCGGCUGGCGUGGGGUCGUCGGUUGUGGGGCCUCGGACAACCGUCUCGAUCAAGUCAUCCUCGUCGUCGCGGAGGUCUUCGUUUGAAGGGAAGCCGAGAUCUUCCAAGCACGGCGGUGGCGGCAGCAGUAGCAAAGUGAGCAGCAGCAGGGAUUAAAGGAAGGAGAGAGUGACGAACAAAGAGAAGGCGAAGGUAAAGACCCGGCAGCAAUGGACACAGCCGGGAGAGAACGAACAGGACGUGAAGAACACGAUGAGAAAAAGGACUACGAGGAAGGCGAUCGCGCGAGUGGUACUUAAGAAAGUCACAACGAGCAAGGCUGCGAGGAGGGAGAGGAGGAAGGAAAGCAAGGCGAGGAGGUAGUAGUACAUUGAGUUUCAAGCUUGAGAAAACGAGGAAGAGGAAGAAGGUUAGCCUAUAGAGGAAGAAAGAGAACACUCCGUUUCUUCUUCUUGCUUUUGUAUAGUUGUUUUAUUUUUUCCUUUGUUCCAUUGGAUGAGACGUCCACGGCUCGAGUCACAUCGUUGGCUUCUUUCUUGUU